AAAGUGGUAAAAUAAAAAAAAAUAAAAAAUAUAUCUCAUAUGUCGAGCAUGUAUUAUGAAAUUUAUGUAACUAAAUAAAUCUAUAUAAAAAUUAUUAACUUACUAAUAAAUAGACAGGAGCAAUUUUGGCUAUUAUGGGCUCCAGUCAAAGUUCACGUAAAUUAACAAUUAAUAAUGAAGAUGGUGUUAUACAAAUAUCAACUGAUCUUGUUCAACGUUUGUCAGCAAAUAGUAAAAAAUCAUUGACAAAUUUGCAAGAUGAUAAAACACCAGUAAUUACACCUGAGCCAAUUGUCAAUCAACAAACAUCCAUCGAACCCAUACAAAAUAAAAAAUCAUCAAAUGAAGGUCAAGCUCAAAAUUAUCCAGAGUACACAAUGACUGCAUAUAAAAUACAACAACAAAAAGAAGCUGAAUUAAAAGCUCAAGAUCAAUAUUGGCAAAAACGUCUUGAAAAUGUUAAAUCAUCACAAGAAAAAAUAACAAAUGUUUUUAAUGAAGAAUAUAAACGUGCCAUAGCUGAAAUAUCAAAUGCAAAAGGUAAUAAAAAUAUUGAUUUAAAUACAACAACACCAGCAUGUGGUCCAAAUAAAGAUAAAGUACUUCAAUGUUAUAAUGAAAAUCCACGUGAAAUUCUUAAAUGUGCUAGUUUAGUAGAAGAAUUUAAUAAUUGUGUUGAUCAACGUCGUUUUGGUCUUAUCUCAGCAAAAUGCUAAUAGAAAUUAAUAACAAUUUUAUCUUAAACAAAAUGAAAUAUAUUUGUUUUAUAUUAAUUGAAAAUUAAUUAAAUAAAAAAAAUAUAUACAUCUA